AUGGAGGAUUGUAACUCGAGCAAGUAUCCUAUGGAAGCAAAGUUGCAGCUCGAAAAAGAUGUGGAAGGAAGCAUAGUGGAUCCGAAGGAGUAUAGGCGUAUCAUCGGGUGUCUUAGGAACUUGACACACACUCAACCUGAUAUCUCCUAUGCAGUUGGCAUAGUGAGUCGUUACAUAAAGAAGCCUACCACUCUACACCAACAGACAGUAAAACACAUUAUUCGUUACAUGAAGGGAACGAUGAUAUAUGGGAUUCAGUUAAGAAGAGGACGAGAAGUUGAAGAACUCGUUGGUUUUAUUUACAGCGACUUGGCUGGUGACACAGACGACGGAAAAAGUACUGGAGGGAUGGUGUUUUAUCUCAAUGGGAAUCUGAUCACGUUGCAAUCUCAAAAGCAUUGA